AGAUACGGCACGACACGAUACGACGUACACGGCCGACGUAGCCGAACGGGGAAUCGCGACGAGCAAAGCAACCGAACGACUUGUCAAUACGCGGAGCCCAACGCACCGAUCACCGUUGGGCGCUUCAGCAGACGGCGGCGGAGGAGGAGGUGCAAGGACACCAACAACGCCGUGACUCGUCCGUCGAGAAGUCCGUCUUGGUCUGCCAGUCAGGAUGUCGAAGCCCGAGCAGGUUUUAAUUAUCGAGCCGCAGAGCGAGCUACGAUUCAGGGGCCCUUUUUCCGGCGGUCCAGUCACAUCGUAUAUAAAAUUAAUUAAUCCAACGAAUAAAAAAGUAUAUUUUAAGAUAAAGACUACUGCCCCAAAGAGAUAUUGUGUACGUCCAAACUCUGGAGCCCUCAAACCACAAGAUGUCACUGAAAUAGCAGUAUGCUUACAACCGUAUGAUUUUGAUCCGUCGGAGAAAAACAAACACAAAUUUAUGGUGCAAACUGUGGUAGCACCAGACGACAAUGAUGAUGAAUAUCCAGUCGAUGUGUGGAAGGACAUAAAUCCAGAUCAAUUAAUGGAUUCUAAAUUGAAAUGCGUCUUUGAGAAUCCUGUGACAAGCACCACUACUACAGCUAAAACGACUUCGACUUCCACAACAGCUAAGACAGAUUCUAAUACGACUAAUGGAAAGAACAAAGCAGUUGGCGAUUCCGUCAAAUCGUCACCUAAAGUACUUGGCGAAACAGAAGAAAAACUAUUAAAAGCUGCACAAGAGGUUAAUCAGCUUAGGGUAGAAGAAAGCACGCUUAGGCAGGAAAAUCUUCAACUUAGGGAAGAUUUAAUGAAGUGGCGAAACGCAGCACUGGGCAAUGAUGGUAACCUUGCAGCAGCUAGAGGACUAACCUCGCAGAGCAAUAACCAGUUAUCUCCGACAUCAACUAGUGUCCUCAUUGCCAUUGCUAUGGUUAUAGUCGGCUACUUGCUGGGAAAACUAAUCUGAACAGCCUUUAUCUUAUUAUAUACCUCAGUGUAUCCCCACCGCCCCCAUGUUUUUUUAGCCUGUCCUCUGCCGUCACAUGUCAUCGUUCGAUCGCAGAUACAGACUCCAAACGUUGCAUUAUUCGAAUGUUCAUAAUAAAUGCUAUAAACACGAACGGUAGUGGUCUACAUUAAUAGAAGCUGCUCGUUACGGAUGUGUAUUUCAUUUGGCAAAAUAUUUGAUUUUAAAUUUAUUUAUUUAUUUAUUCUUUUAAGAAAUUGAUUUGAUUUGAGAAAACAAGCAAUGCUCGGUUAUUAAGUUUUGUAUUUGCAUUUGUUAUAGUUGCGUUUUUUUUUUGCUUUUUAUAAAGGGGGUUUUUUUACGAUUUAUAGCUCGCGUCUGCUUUAAAAUAGUGUUGGACAAAAGUGUAUUUGUGAUUUCGUGUUUACAAAUACAAUUUCGAUAUCGUUAUUCGCGUUGCCCGACAUUGCCUUGAAACUGUGUCAUUAUUGGAAAUGUAAGUUACUAAUUACUGAUUGUAUUUCAUUCUUUCUCAAACUUGUAUACCACCCAUUCGGGAUAAAAAACGUGUUGUACCGAUGGGAAAGAUCACACACGAACGAGUGAGGGUGCUAUUACUGUCACAUCGGAUAACAUCUUUCUCUACGUAUUAUAAUUCUUACAUCGUAUAAAUAACAUUGUACAAUCGGAAGCGGAAAUAGCGUCCACAGUGCGGGUGCAUCGUACUCGGAGCCUAUGCUGUUGCCUAUGCUCGCUCGAUUCGCGCUUCUUCGAUGCGUCCACCCUCAGGACACUGUUCUCGUACCGUUGUAUAUACUGUGUCCAUUUGAAAACAUGUAACAUACAUAGUCGGGGCCGGAGGGGAAAGAAGGGGUUAGAGGCGGGGCUGGCUGAUGAAGAGUAGUGAUUUAUGAUCCAACAAUUGGUUGUGCUGGUUGUUGUAUCCGCCAGCGUUGGUAUAUUAAAUGAAAAAAAAAAAAAAAAAGAAGAAAAGGAAACGUUAAUGCAUUGAAUUUACUUGAUGCUUCAGUGUACUUUUUAUUUCUUUAUGUUUGUCUUAUAAAAAUAACGAAUAAAGAUAUGUCUCGGAUAUCACAAAUA